AGCAAGAAAUGUAUGAAAUAGGAAUUUAGUUUGUCAAUAUAAGCUAAUAAAGUAUGUGUUGUUGACAAGUCAGAUUUUAAUUAUGAGUUACAUAUUGUUAAGGUGAGAGCAGCAUUUUGAGAUGAAUUGUGCAUGGUGGAUCAUGCGCUCAUUUUUUUGCCACAUGUUUCUCAAAAGUGAGAAUGCGUCCCUCUCAAAGCCCUCCCUGCAUUCCUUACAGCAUACACAGACUGUAAAGAAUUUGUUUUCUGCAUAUAUGUUUAGACACUGACUUUCAGCUGACUGGCUCUUUUGAAAUCUGUGGGUGGAAGCAACAAAUAUUCAAGUACUUAAAAAACUCCUAGCCAAGUUUCGGAAUUGCUUAACCUUAACUGACACUGCAAUUUUCCCUGGAAUCAGUCAAACUUCCUGGUCUAGCAUUUGAACAUGUCCAGUCUUAGAGUAUGAAGAUCCUAGAGACGUUUUUAUGAAAACAUUUAGGAUUUAACACAGAGCAACUUCAACACUCCUCCAAAAAUGGACCAUUAUCUAAAAAACAUUAUCGUUGUGUCAUUUGGAUUCUUGCUUUUGUUCACAGCUUUUGGAGGGCUUCAGAGUUUGCAGAGUAGCCUCAAUGCUGAUGAAGGCUUGGGUGUUGCUUCACUGAGUAUAAUUUACGGAGCUCUCAUUAUAUCGUCAGUGUUCAUCCCUUCAAUUGUGAUCAAGAAAAUUGGAUGCAAAUGGACGAUUGUUGCUUCAAUGUGCUGCUAUAUAACUUAUUCCAUUGGAAACUUCUAUGCAAGCUGGUACACACUCAUUCCAACAUCUAUGAUUCUGGGAUUUGGUGGAGCCCCUUUGUGGGCUGCAAAAUGCACAUAUCUUACAGUUAGUGGAAAUCGAUAUGCAGAGAAGGCAGGCAAGGUUGGAAAAGAUAUUGUCAAUCAAUAUUUUGGGCUUUUCUUUCUUAUAUUUCAAUCAUCCGGUGUAUGGGGGAAUCUGAUAUCUUCCUUAAUAUUUGGACAGACACCAACUUCAGGAUACAAUGCAAGUACUUCAAGCUAUGAUCACUGUGGGGCAAAUGAUUGUCCAUAUUUAAAUAUCACUAAUGAAACCACCACCACAACACAGCCAGCAAAGAGCUUAAUAUAUACCCUUUUGGGAGUAUACACAGGCAGUGGACUACUAGCUGUAGCGCUUAUCUCUAUUUUCCUGGAUAACAUUGAUUUAAAAAGGGAAAAUGAGAAGGAUGGCUCUGAGGAAGAGCCUUUUUGGAAAAAAAUCUUGGCAACUAUAAGGCAUCUCCGGGACAAGCGUCAGUGUCUUCUCAUCCCGCUAACCAUGUUCAGUGGAUUUGAACAGGGAUUUCUUGCUGGAGACUACACAAAGUCCUAUGUUACCUGCACCCUAGGGAUACAUUUUGUCGGCUAUGUGAUGAUUUGUUUUGCUGCCACCGAUGCCGUUUGUUCGCUGCUGUUUGGAAAACUUUCUCAAUACACGGGAAGAGUAUUUCUUUUUUAUUUUGCUGCUGUUACAAAUGUGGCAUGCAUUAUAACAAUGCUUUUGUGGAGACCUCACCCAGAUCAACUUGCUGUAUUCUUUGUAUUACCUGCAUUGUGGGGCAUGGCAGAUGCUGUCUGGCAGACACAAACUAAUGCCCUCUAUGGAGUUUUAUUUGAUGACCACAAAGAAGCUGCUUUCGCCAACUAUCGCCUUUGGGAGUCUUUGGGAUUUGUCAUUGCCUACGGCUACAGUACAUUCUUAUGUGUGUCUGUGAAACUCUAUAUUUUACUUGCCGUGCUGAUCGUUUCCAUGGUGCUUUAUGAAUGUGUUGAAUUAAUCGAACUUAAAAAAACUCCCCAAACUGACAUGCAAAGUGAUAAUAAUGGUUCUCUAUACAAGCAGACACAUGUGUAAAGACCUUUUUGUAAUCUUUAUCUAGAUUAACGAAAAUAAAGGCCUGGAUUCUAAACAUUACAACAGCUUUAAGUAGUUUUGGAAAUACUUAAAUAUUAUAAUGUUUAAUAUUUUUUUAUGAAAUUGCAUUUUGCAAGAUAGAGUCCAACAAUGUAUUUUUAAAAAAAUGAAGGGAAUUAAAUUACUUAGCAGCUUUUAAAACAUUGUAGCCCCACCAUAUUUGAAUGUGCCCUUGAGAUACACAAAAAUGAUACAGAGAAUGCCAUGAUUCAAUCAAGAUACUCUGACUUAUUGCUUAUAAUGGCACCCAUGAGUGUUACAGAUGCAUCACAAUGCAAGUUUCUGCACCUACAUAUAUAAAAAUAUAAAUAAACAUUCCAAAUUCAUAGUUGACUGGCAAAAACAGCAUUACACAGACUGUAUGCGUGAUUUUAUUUUAUUUGCUUUUCUCGAAAGUCCAUUAAGAGAAAAAAAAAAAAAUAUGAAAUUAGGGGCCCAAAAUUAAAAGUCUAAAUCUAGGCUUUCUGCUAUAAACUGUAUGACAAAGAAGUGGAUAAAAAGUUAUUAAAUAAUAACAGAUGAAACAGUUAAAUUGUGUUCUAAGGGGACAAUGGUUUGAUUGUUAUUUUUCCUUUUUUACUCUCUUCUUUUUAGCAUUUUUGGUAUCAUAUACACAUGUAAAUUUUAUUGGAUAAGAAAAUUGUUAUUAGACCAUCUUUAUCUUCGUUUUGUAAAUCUGAAUGCACUCAAAUAGAGAUAUUGUACAAAUAUACAAUAUUGACAAUAAAUGUACUUGUUUUAUUAAUCUA